AUUAUCUUUUGUAUGGUCCCAGGGGGCAGCAAACUGCUCUAUAUAGGAUAAGUUAAUACAUAUGUCAGACUUGGUGUGCCAGGAGGCCUCUGUUGCAACUAUUCAACUUCGCUGCUGCAGGGUGACAGCAGCCAGAGCACACAUACACAAACGUGUGUGGCUGUGUCCAAUAAAAACUUAUUUCCAAAAGUAGGUGGAGUAGCAAAUUUGGCCCAUGGGCUGUGGUUUGCUGUCCCAGGUCUAGGUCAUUUUAGGUUAUGCUUGCCAAAACUCUGGUAAAUAUGGGCAGCCCGUGGUAACGGCCCAUGAAAAGGUGGAUUUUAUUUGCAUUGGAGGAACAGAGACUGAGAACUGAGAAGUCAUUGAUGUACAACCUUUCGCCUCCAGGACUUUCCCCAGGCUCCGGCAGGGUGAUCUGGCCACUCCAUGCGUCUCCAAAAGCUGCAGGCUCCAGAUAAUGCUGUGGAAUAAGCUCCUCUGGAUGUGCUCGCACUCUUACUCUCUUAAAGGGAGAAGAAUUGAAGGCCCUGGAAUUUGCUCAGACAUCACCUGGAAGGGAUUGGAGUCAGAACUAGAGCCUGGGUCUUCAAACUCCCUAUUUUUCUUUCCACUGUUGUGUGUGUUCUCGAAGCUGAAGUCCAGCAGUAGCAAUUCGCCUCUUGUUCCUGGACCUCUCAGGAGAUACCCCUCUCGGAUGGCGGGGACGGCUCGCCAUGACCGGGAGAUGGCUAUCCAGGCCAAGAAAAAGCUCACCACGGCCACGGACCCCAUUGAAAGACUCCGGCUGCAAUGUCUGGCCAGGGGCUCCGCAGGCAUCAAAGGACUUGGCAGAGCAUUUCGAAUUAUGGAUGACAAUAAUAGCCGGACCCUUGAUUUCAAAGAAUUUGUGAAAGGGUUAAAUGAUUAUGCUGUGGUCAUGGAAAAGGAAGAAGCAGAAGAGCUGUUCCAGAGGUUUGAUAAAGAUGGAAACGGGACAAUCGACUUCAAUGAGUUUCUUCUCACAUUAAGACCUCCGAUGUCCAGAGCCAGAAAAGAGGUAAUUAUGCAAGCUUUUAGAAAGUUAGACAAGACUGGAGAUGGUGUUAUAACAAUUGAAGAUCUUCGUGAGGUGUACAACGCAAAACACCAUCCAAAGUACCAAAAUGGAGAGUGGACGGAGGAACAAGUGUUCAGGAAAUUUCUGGAUAACUUUGAUUCACCCUAUGACAAAGAUGGAUUGGUUUCAAAAGAAGACUUUUUGAACUAUUACGCUGGUGUUAGUGCUUCUAUUGACACGGAUGCCUAUUUCAUUUUAAUGAUGACAAAAUCCUGGAGAUUAUAACUUUUGUCUAUUCUUUUGGAAAUAAGGGACUCAGAGUGAAUAAAUUUCAAAGAAGUAUGAUGCUACAGAUUUUGAUAAGGUGUAAACUAAAGUUUCUGAAAGAUCUGGGAUUUUAAAAGCAAUAGAUCUUCGGUCAUCUUAAUUGUAAUAAUUAAAGGUAAUUGUAAUAAUUAAAAGGAUUAUAGGAUCAUCUGACUAUACCAUUUCCUGGGCUCAUUCAUUUUAAUGUUUCUCUUGGUAAAUAAAGUAAAACGUAUUUAAUUUUGAAA